CGGUGCAGCGCAUGCGCAGUGCGGGCGCUUCGCUCCCUCCUCCUCCUCCUCCUCGUCGUGUCGGGCAGGCGGUGGCGGCGGCUGCUGCGGGGCCGCGCGGAGACUUCACCUCCCGCUCGCCAGGGCCGCGCAGGCCGCACUCACAGCCCGGAUAUGGCUCGUGGACAGCAGAAGAUUCAAUCGCAGCAGAAAAAUGCCAAAAAGCAAGCUGAGCAGAAAAAGAAACAAGGACAUGAUCAGAAGGCUGCAGCCAAGGCUGCCUUGAUAUAUACCUGCACUGUCUGUAGGACACAAAUGCCGGAUCCCAAGACCUUCAAACAGCACUUUGAAAGCAAGCAUCCUAAGACUCCACUUCCUCCCGAAUUGGCUGAUGUUCAGGCAUAAGGUUGUCUACAGGUGAAAUCAUGGCACCUAUUGACUCUUCUACUGUCAGACCUUACAUAACAAACCUGCAGCUGCUUUUCUAAAACUGUUGAUCAGCAAAAAUGAAGGGGCUACAGAAACAUUCAUAUUUUUAUGCUGUUCCCUCUUGGGCUUCAAGCAAAGACAAUUCUGUGUAAAUGUACAGUUGUGCCCUAUUUGGAAAUCCUGAAAAAUCAGUCCAUACUUGUUAUAAAAAAUUUUUUACAAUUGUAAUUAUAUUGAUGUUCAUAUUGUGUAAAAUAACUCAUUUAAUAAAGUAGUACUUUGAUUU